GGGGUCUUCGAUCUUUUGAGACAGGCAUCCACGCUCACACUCACCACUAUGUACCUCCUGAAACCUUUUUUGGUGGCCUUAUCCGCUAUCACCGCCUGCGAGGCUUUCCCAGCCCUGCAGACAAGAGACAUUACAACCGAAGCCCUCAGUUCCUUCGAUUUCUGGGUGCAAUAUGCCGCCGCUUCGUACUGCGAGCCUAACUAUGUCGGCAAGGCCGGUUCGAAAUUGACCUGCUGGGCGAAAAACUGUCCGAGCGUUGAAGAAUCUGAGACGAGUAUUAUGAUGGACUUUUCCAAUACCACCAAUACCGAUACCUCCGGCUACCUCGCCAUCGACGUCACCCACAAAGCCAUUGUCCUCGCCUUCCGAGGCUCUUACUCUGUUCGCAACUGGCUUGCCGAUGCCACAUUCAUUUACACCAACCCCAACCUAUGCAGUGGUUGUGAGGCGGAACUGGGCUUCUGGAGCUCCUGGAUCAACGUACGCGCCAACAUCACAACAGCCCUCGCAGAAACAGUCACCCAAUAUCCCGAUUACUCGCUGGUCGUGGUGGGCCACAGUCUUGGUGCCGCGGUCGCAACACUCGCAGCUGCAGACCUGCGCGAACAGGGCUACGUGGCGACUCUAUACGCCUUUGCCUCGCCUCGCGUGGCAAACCCCACACUGGCGAAGUACAUCACCAACCAGAACAAGGGCGCGAACUUCCGCUUCACGCAUACUACAGACCCGGUGCCCAACUUGCCUUUGCAGUUGAUGGGAUAUGCCCAUGUCAGUCCGGAAUAUCACAUCACCGCCCCCAACAAUGCGACGGUCAAUGCCAGCGCGGUUGUCGUCUACCAGAAUGGUGAUGAUCCCAAGGGCAACACCGGUGCUCUUGGAAUUCCAGACCUUCUUACCAUCGAUGCCCAUCAUUGGUACUUUGAGCGCACUGAUGGAUGUCUCGGACCUGGAAUGCCAUUCAAACGAUCGAACUAA